GGCUGUCUGUAUUACUUUGUAUCCGCCAGGGUCCAGAACUGACACUGAAUGUGCAGAGAAGAGUAAUCUCGCACUCAUCUGAAGGCAUUCCAACAGCAAAGAUGGGAUCCACGCUAUCUGUAGAUGAGUCGGUUAGAGUGGUAAUUGUAGGUGGUGGAUUUGCAGGUAUAGCUGCAGCCAGUGAGCUGAAGUCCAAUGGAAUCCCAUUUGUGCUCGUUGACAUGAAAGAUGCCUUUCACCAUAACGUAGCUGCCCUUCGUGCUUCAGUAGAAAGUGGUUUUGCAAGAAAAACUUUUAUCUCCUAUGAAGACAGCUUCCAAGGCAGUUUUAAACAAGGCAAGGUGACAGGCAUAAAUCUACAGAACCAUUACAUUCUGCUAGAGAAUAAUGAGGAGCUUCAUUUUUCCCACCUCAUUAUUGCAACUGGGAGUGAUGGCCCUUUCCCUGGAAAAUUCACCCAAACUUUGUCCAAGGAUGCAGCAAUUCAGAUGUAUGAAGAUCUUGUCAAAGAGAUGCAAAAGGCUAAACGUGUGGUGGUAGUAGGCGGCGGUUCAGCUGGAGUUGAGAUGGCUGCAGAGAUCAAAACAGACUAUCCAGAAAAAGAGGUUACUUUGAUCCAUUCCAAGGUUGCAUUAGCGGAUGCAGAUCUGCAGCCUAGUGUCAGGCAAUCUGUAAAGGAGAUCCUAUUAAGAAAAGGGGUGAAGCUAGUAUUGGCACAGAAAGUCACCAAUCUGGAUAAGGUAACUUUGAAUGUAGCUCUCGAGAACAUAGAAUUGCAACUGGACAAGGAUCCAGAUGUCGUCAGCACUAACCUAGUAAUUUGCUGCACAGGACUGAAGAUCAAUUCCUCUUGCUACAGUAUUGCUUUAGGUGACAAAGUUGCCAGUGAUGGUUCCCUUAUAGUUAAUGAAUUCCUACAGGUGGAUGGACAUCCAAAUAUUUAUGCAGUUGGUGACUGUGCCAAUCUAAACGGACCCAAGAUGGCAUACCUUGCUGGCUUGCAUGCCAAAAUUGCUGUGACCAACAUUCUCAACAGCCUAAAGGAUAAGCCUCUUAAACCUUUGAAACCAGGUUCACUGUCUAUGCUCUUGUCAAUGGGUAGAGAUGACGGCGUUGGUCAGAUCAAUGGCUGUUACGUAGGUCGUUUUAUUGUGACAAAAGCUAAAAGCAAGGACAUAUUUGUUUCAAAAAGCUGGAAAGAAAUGGGUCAGAAAAUGCCUCAUUAAGUAAGGAAACAAAAUUGGAAAUGUGAUUUAAAGUUUAAUGUGUAUGCCUAUAAAUACCUCCAAAAACUAAUCUAAAACAAAUGCAACCUGAACUUUUAUUCACAGGAUCCAAAUGUAAUUAUUUUGUAAGAACACUGAAAUAAAACUUGCAUAACUUCAUCUGCCACAUGUUUGCAUCGCUUGUUAUGAACAAACCUUGUUUACGUUACAAGUGGCAAAUGUCUCAGACUGUGCUUGCUACUAUGUACUAUGAAUCCAUGUUUUGUAAUAAAGAUAUAAAUCAGCAGUGCACAACUGAUUAGAGACAAGGUAUUGGCAGAAAGUAUUUCUCAAUGAAACGCAGACCGUUAUGUAUUUAGGUGGACAGAGGCUGAUGAUGUGGGGGCAAAGACUCCUGCCCAACAAGCUGCUAUGGAACCAUGGAGCAUAGAAUCUACUAAGAUCUUUGUGAUUGAUGUAUGGCUUGUGCGUUACAAUGCAAUGUCAUAUUUUGUAAUAAUUGUGAACUGCUUGGGCUGCAAAGGAGCUCAUGUGUCAUACUGCAUGUGGAUUGUCUUUGUAGUAUUCGUCAUCCCACAUUGUUUUUAAUAUGUACACUCAAUCUAAUGAUUUACAAAAGAUCACUAUAUGGAAUGUCAUGUUAGGAGUUGUUGACAUCUCAUUUCCAAAUUAACAAUACGGUAUUUUGCUUGUAUUUUGUGUGUAUGUACAAGAAUAUAUAUGUAAUGUGAUGAAUAAAAGACACAAAAC